GCAAUAGGGAGUUGUCAAAAACUCGAAUGUGUUUAGUUGUUUACACUCGUCUUCUCUCCCCCCGUUCCUUUCAAUGAUUGAACUCUUUUUAAUAGAAGUAAAGAGGAAUUCAAUUCACAUUUCAGCUCUCUAUUUACUAAAGUGUUGUACCCGCUCCAGAUAAACUCCCACCAUUCAUUGCCAAGCAAGUUUAAUAGAAGCCUUUAUUCAAAGAGCAAACCUAAAAAAAAAACAAAAACAACCCGUUUGUUCAACUGUUAUAUAUAUAUAUAUAUACAUAUAUAUAUAUACAUAUAUAUAUACAUAUAUAUAUAUAUAUAUAUAUAUGACAUAUAUUGUGCACAACAACCACAGGCAACAGUGUGAUGGGUCUUCUGUCGGAAGGGUCACCACUUUCUUGGGAAGAAACGAAAAGUUAUGCUGACCACGUUCGGAAACAUGGGGUGAAACAAUUCAUUAAUCAAUAUAGAAAACUUAAGGAUCGUCAAAAAGAUGUUCUAUAUUGGGGAGAUGAGGUGGAGUACAUGUUAAUCCGGUUUGAUCAUGAAAAGGAGGUGGUCCAAUUACUGUUAAAGUCUACAGAGUUACUUUCAUCUCUUCAGAAACAAAAUCUUGAAUCAAAAGCAAAUGCACAGAUCUUGUGGCACCCCGAAUAUGCACAAUACAUGGUGGAAGGAACACCAGGAAGUCCCUUUGGAUGUCUUAUGGCUCACUUAAAUUUAGUUGAGGCAAACAUGAAGCUAAGGCGUGAGAGUAUUGGCAAAUUAUUGAAGACCGGAGAAAGAAUAGCUAGUAUAACUGCUUUCCCCAGGGUUGGUUGCUCUAAUUUCACUUAUCCAUCUUACAAGCCAAAUCCCACACCUUCAGGAUGUUCCAGUUCUCUCUUCUUUCCUGAUGAAGCUAUCCACUCAAGCCAUCCUCGAUUCAAGACCCUUACCAGAAAUGUUAGACUGAGGAGGAAAGAAAAAGUUGCUAUUAAUAUUCCUAUUUUUAAAGAUAAGAAUACCAUGUCUCCAUUCCUGGAAGAUUUAUCCAUAUAUGGAGACAAUGGUGAGUCACAAAAUGCAGCCAAACCAGACCAUAUAUAUAUGGAUGCUAUGGGUUUUGGAAUGGGCUGUUGCUGUUUACAACUUACAUUCCAGGCAUGUAAUAUUGGUGAAGCUCGACUUCUUUAUGACCAUCUGGCACCCAUCUGUCCAAUUAUGAUGGCACUAAGUGCAGCGACUCCAAUCUACCGUGGCUAUUUAGCUGACACAGACUGUCGUUGGAGUGUCAUUGUUCAGUCAGUUGAUGACCGCACCAGAGAAGAACGUGGCUUAGAACCUUUAAAACAUGAUCGCUUUUUGAUCAAUAAAUCUCGCUAUGACUCCAUCGACAGUUACUUGUCCGAAGAAGGUCGUUGCUACAACGAUUUACAGUUGGUGUAUGACAAAGAGAUUUAUGAAGAGCUAAUGGCUGAAGGUAUUGAUGAUUUGCUCUCUCAGCAUAUUGCCCAUCUGUUCAUUCGGGACCCUAUCUCCUUGUUUGAAGAAAAGAUUAACCAGAAUGAUAGUACUGAUACGGACCAUUUUGAGAAUAUCCAAUCAACAAAUUGGCAGUCAUUAAGAUUUAAACCUCCCCCACCAGGUUCCAAUAUUGGUUGGAGAGUUGAAUUCAGACCAAUGGAGAUUCAGUUAUCCGACUUUGAAAACGCAGCCUAUGUUGUAUUUAUUGUUCUCGUUACUCGAGCUAUUUUAACUUUCAAGCUGAACUUAUUAAUUCCUAUAUCAAAGGUUGAUGAAAAUAUGGUAACUGCUCAACAGAACAAUGCUGCACGCUUGGGAAAGUUCUAUUUUAGGAAAGAUAUCCUAACUGUCAACUCACCACCUGAGGCUGCAGAAUGUGUUGGUUGUUGUGAACGGAUUGAUGAAAAAUACACCUUGAUGACAAUAAAUGAAAUCAUUAAUGGAAAAGAGGAUUUCCCUGGUUUAGUUCCUAUGGUCAACAAAUAUUUAGAUUACAUUGAAUGUGAUGUUGAUACCCGGUGCACUGUAUUACAGUAUUUGAAAUUAAUAUCCAAAAGAGCUUCAGGGGAGCUCUUGACAAUGGCCCAGUGGACAAGACAGUUUGUUACCAACCAUGAAGACUACAAAAAUGAUUCAGUGGUCAGUGAUAAAAUCAACUACGAUUUCCUGAUGGAAUGUGACAAAAUUGCCUACGGUGAACAUGACUGUCCACAACUAUUUUUCAAGUAUCAUAGCCGUACACGAGACAACAUCCCUGCUGCUGUUUCUAAAGCUGAAGCUAAUCUAAACCGAAAAAUCUAUGCUAGCUAAAUAAAAGAUCAAUGCUGUUACCCCCCACCCCAACUUGGUUUUAGGUUAAAUUAGAUACUGGAUAAUCAUUUCUUCUUAAUUUCAUUCUUGAUGUAUCUCCCAGUUUUAUUUACAUUUUAAUUAGCUUUUUUUUUAAACAACAAAGAUUUUUUUAGUUUUUGGUGAGAAAAACUGUUUUUCUUUUUCUUCUGUUAAUAGAAUUUAUAUUUUAUUUUUUUAAUUGCCUUUGCUAACUCAAAGGUGUUGCUUCAUGAUUAAGCCUAAACCCCGGCCCUACUAAUAAAACAUUGUUAAUGACAGAUGAAUGGAGAAAGGAUAUUGCAAACAAGUAGAUAACUAAAUGAAGAUUUGUAAUAUUUUUGUCAAGCUUCUUUUCCACCAGUCUCACAGAAAUUAAAUCUAAUAUUAAAUAUGCUGAUUCAACAAAAAGAUAAAUGAAAUCCCGGAAAAUGAAAAAUCAUUUUUUUAUACAACAAUUUCGGCUGAUAUGAGAGUUGUCAGUUUGUGUGAGAAAUGUUGUUAGACUAGCUUCAUGCUAUAAUUUUUAUGCCUGCUAAUUCUAUUAUAAUUCAUUGACUCUCUUCUGAGCAAUGGUGUAAUUAAUGCUCAGUGUGAUAAUAAUCAUAAAGCAUUCAGUCAUAUUCUGUUAUGAACAAUCAUUCUUAAUCUCCAGUUAAAUGUUUAUGAGAAAAACAAAAACAUGAAUAACUGAACUGUUGUUUUAAAAUCUUUUCAGUUGUUGAAAC